GCCGAGCUCGGUACCCCCGCGCCCCGGAACGCGCUCCGCGUUCCACAAAGCAAUUGUUGCUUUUUUGGGGAUGUCGUUACAUGUAAAAUCAUCUCGAGCGCGGUUUCAGUUUGAGAUACGUGCGAGAGAGCUAGGGAGAUGUGUCAGAGCUUGUUUCUCAGGGUAAAUUAGGUAAUUUUUAGCUGGGUAAUGUGCUAAUCUUUAAACCUUUAUGUUUCUAAAUCCUGCGUAUGCCUGGUCUCUUCAUACAAAAGUGUAUUUUGCUUGUUUCUUCUCGUCGUCUUCAGUCUGAAGCCUUAUGUAGGUCAGGCUUGGCUUAAGCAGAUUUCCUGAACCUGCGUCAGCUUAAGCUGAAGGAAUUUUAAUAAACCCUCCCUUGUAGGCGUGGGCCUAAAUGAGACUAGCCUAGUUAAGCCUGAUCUUUUUCUGUUUGUGAAAAAGAGCUGAGCAGAGCUAGGGACUGCAUGGUGGCUUCAGAAACGGCUUCCUUAAUUCAAAGAUAACAAUGGUUGGGAAGGCCAGAUCUUCUAAUUUUACCUUAUCUGAAAAGCUUGAUUUGCUAAAACUCGUGAAGCCGUACGUUAAAAUUCUCGAGGAACAUACUAAUAAGCAUUCUGUAAUAGUGGAAAAAAACAAAUGCUGGGAUAUCAUAGCUGAUAACUACAAUGCCAUCGGAGUAGAUCGCCCUCCUCGCACCGCACAGGGCCUGCGCACGCUGUACAAGAGGCUCAAAGAAUAUGCCAAACAGGAGCUAUUGCAGCAAAAGGAGACUCACUCAGAUUGUAAAAGCAGCAUUUCCGAGCCAACCAAGAAAGUUGUGGAGAUGAUUCCACAGAUUUCCAAUGUGUGUUUAAGAGACAGGAGCGGUGUUCAAAGUGCUAGUAUCGAUAAAGAAACAGUUGCUGGUACCAGUUCACCACAGGCAAUGUUGGAUCACCAUCCUGCGACAGUCAUGAUGGAAUUGCAAUCAGAAGAGGAUGUCAAACCUCCUCCUUCUUUGCUUAUAGACUCACAGCAAAAUGAGAACUUGGAACAAGGGGAAGAACACCAGCUGGUGCAUAUAAUGGAAAGGUCUCCUUCAACAUCAGUAUCUUCAGUUGAUAUGAGAGUGAUGAUGUCUCCCUCUCCUGUACCAAGAAGAGAUGAGUUUUUUAGGCUUGAGGUUGGGGAACGUUUUAGACCAAUGUGUGGUUAUGACCCACAGAUGUUACAAAUGCUGAAAGAAGAGCAUCAAAUAAUUUUAGAAAAUCAAAGAAAAAUUGGUCUUUAUGUCCAAGAAAAAAGGGAUGGUUUGAAAAGAAAGCAGCAACUGGAAGAAGAACUGUUGCGAACAAAAAUCAAAGUAGAGAAGCUGAAGGCAAUACGACUACGCCGUGAUCUGCCAGAAUACAGCAAUAUCUAAAUAUUUUAUUACUUCUGUCAUAUUCUUUGAAAUACUUAAUAAUAAAUGCUUUUGCCCCAGCAGAAUUGUUCCUGAUGUUAAUAUGGAUGGAUCAAAAUCUGGGCUUGAGAGACAAAAGCAUAUUUUCCAUGUUGUUGUUUAUUACCUUACAAAAUACCUCAUAUGGGUUUGAAUGCACCAACUCUUCUGGUCUGAAGUAUAACUAAAUCUUGUACAGUUAAGUGUUCUGGUUGAUAAAAAUCCAGACUUCAAAAAUCUUUCCACUUCUUUCUAUUAGGGUUGUGAUGAGCUAAUGCAAAUUUAGCUCAGGUAUUUUUAAAAAUUCUGAUCAUAUGCAUUAUUUUUUCAAACUCGAUGAAGUUACAGGUUAAUACAUACAAAAAGGAGGAAUAAGAGGCUUAAAUGUCUUAUUCCUUUCAAGUUGGUAAAUCUUUCGACAGUGAUGAGUUUUUGUUGAUAUAUCAGCUUGGAAAACAGUUACUGGAUUGUUAUAUUUUUUUAAUGUUCAGUAGACAGUUGAGUAAAUGCACAUCUUUUUAAAAGUUGCUACUUUUUAUUGUUUCCAGUGGAGGAGUGUUUCCAUAGGAUGUUAUCAGAAUAGAGACAGUGAAUGCAAUGCUUGGUUUUUAACUGCAUGCAUGUGUAAUUUGUGUGUACAGUUACCAUGAUCGUAUAUUCAGUUAUAGUAAUUAUACUGGUGAUCAACCACAGAUAUGUCUAAUCUCUUCAUUUGCAUGCAUAAUUACUAGAGUGCAUGUGCAACCAAGACAAUUGCAGGUGCCUUUGAUCAAUAUCACUAUGACUAUAAGCUACUGAAAUGAAAUAGUGUCUGUAUGUAAGUAACAUGUGACUUGAAAGCAACAGAGGAUUCUGUGUUAUUCUGGGUACCUUUUAGAAAUGCUGUUGUUCUGGUCUUUCAAUUAGUUUCAAAUAAAAAGCCCCAAAUGAAAAAGA